UCGGUGAAAGCAAAAGCAAAAGCUUGCUUUGAACGGGCAACUGCCAAUGCAAAAUACGAAUGCCACCACAAUCUAUUCUGUUGUUGCUUGUAAGACGCGUUUUACCAUUACCAAAAUAGAUCGCGUUCGGGCCGUAUACUGUAAUAGUCCAGCAGCGUACAGCGGUCUCACCUCACUCGACACGAAAUGGGUAAAAUACGACAUCAUCAACAGUCACAGUCAGCCACUGCUUAACCUUGAAAUUUGCAAAGAAAGAACGAGUUAGAGGAAAUUAAAUAGUAGUGGGAGGAAGAAAAGAGGGGAAAGUAAAGGGAGAAAUUCAGGCUUGCCUUUAAACCUGACUUAUUUUAAGUUACUGCAAAUUUUAGUCGGCUAGGGCGUGCUUAUUCGAGUUCAUCCAACAGGACUUCGGUCGGUUGUAGUAACUUACAAGACCAGAAAAAAAACCGUCGCGCGUUUUGAAGGCUCAUUCAUUCGUUCACUUUUACUUUCAUUUGUUGGGCAACUGAGCGCACUGCAAAGCAAACCCGUGCCCCAAAAAUAUCGCUUCGCUCGACGCGAACCCACCAACGGAUUGUGUUGUAGUGUUUGUGGAGCCAUGGCUCGGUGUUUAGGUGGUAUUCCUGGUGAUCACCCUUACUUUGGCUACCCUUUGGAUAAUUUUGUUCCGGGUGCCCUCAUUUAGGAAUAUAUUUUUUUCUUUCUCCGGUAGCUUUUCUCAUAAUCAAAUUCGCCAUGUACUCAAGUGAACAAGAUUCUCAUGGCCUGCUUACACUCCACUACGGCAAACAUCAUGCUACGAUCGUCGAUGAGGUAAAGACCUGUUUUGCAUCAGAAAACUACGCUGACCUCACUUUCAUCUGUGAUGACAAAAGCACCCUUAGUGCCCAUAAGCUUGUUAUGGCCACCGCCAGCCCGUUAGUGCGUCAAAUCCUUGGAGAGAGCGUGCACGCAUAUGGACCAAGCGUGGUGCUAUUGCCAGGGAUUAAGAGUUGCCAUCUAAGACACCUCCUAGACUUCUUAUAUAAUGGGCAAGCAUGUAUUAAGUCGAACGAACUCGAGAACAUCCAAGAGCUAUUCGAGUUGCUUCAAAUCAGAUCGGACGUAUGGCGGCAGUCUUCAAGCUCUGAAGAGGCCAAAAGUCAAUCCGACGAUGGUGGAAGUAGCUGGGAACGCGAUAACGAUCCAUCUGAUACCAUCCAUAUUAAACGUGAAACUGAUGAUGAUAAUGACGAUGAAAAAGAAGAGGGGGAAAUUAAGGAUGACGAAGAUGACCAAAUUGGUGAAUCCUCUUCUCAAGACCAAAACUCUGAAUCACCGAACCCUGUCAACCUGUCCAUUGGUACAAAAGAUUCUAAACAGGACGAUAAUUUGCCACCUAAAGAUAAAUUUUCAGAGGAUUGUGAACCAAAAAUUCCCGAAACAUUGAAGAUUGGACACACCUCAACGAAAAUAGCACCUAAAGUGCAUGAGCUGGCACAUUUUCACCACCAACGCCUAAAACGUAAAAGUAUCUAUGCAGAACCACUUGAUCUCAAACACCCAGAAGAGUAUUCUCACAUUAAGCCGCCUAUAGCCGACCCGAAGCUUAUAUCUUUAGUUCAAAGCCCGGAUAACUACGUCGUAACGCCCCAUCGAAAAAGACGUCCUGGAUUUCAUAAUUCUCCCGCACAGAAUCCCCCAUUUGUUCCGUUUUCAGGAUCUUAUAUUGAAGAUUCGGGGCAUCACGCAUCGCAUAGAUUUAAAACGCUGCCGCCAUUAUUGGCAGCUCAUCACCCGCUUUCCCUAUCGGCUCCUCCUUUUUUAGUGGAUCGAACUCCUACCCCAGGAACUCAUCCUGAUCCGUCUUCAGCUUCCGAGAAUGUAAUGGUUAAAUACCGACCACCAAGCGCUGAUCAAGGGUUAGUAUCUGAAGCAUAUCAAUCAUUUGAACACACAUGGGGAGCAUGGAGCCUAUGUCAAACUCAAGUAAAUCCACCGCCCAGUAGUGACGAACCUCGUGAACCCCCACCCGGAUAUUCCCAUCCAGGAAAUGAAGAUAAUGCGGAGACAUCACAGCAGGCAACCGGAAGCAAACAAGCUCUACCCACAGUUCAAGUGCGCGAAUAUAGGUGUGAAUAUUGUGGUAAACAGUUUGGAAUGUCGUGGAAUUUAAAGACUCAUUUGCGAGUUCAUACCGGAGAAAAACCUUUUGCUUGUAGACUUUGUGUCGCGAUGUUCAAACAAAAAGCGCAUCUAUUGAAACAUUUGUGUUCUGUGCAUAGGAACGUUAUUUCUUCGAACGACGGGAGCUCCGGACGAUAUAAUUGCUGUUUUUGUCCUUUAUCUUUUGAAUCAUUACCUGAACUUAUCCGACAUUUAUCAGGACCACAUAACAACUUAUUGUUAAGUAAAAAUAUGCACGAACUGAAAUAAGUUACACAUUCCAUGUUAAGAUGAAGUCGUACAAUGAGUACCUAGAACGACUUACAUCAGAAUUUGUGAUAUGCUGGAAAGCAAAUCGUUUAUGUAGGUGAAGUUGGUUGGGGACCAAAUUUUUGCCCUUAAUCGACAGCAAGUUUUUUUUUUUAAUUUGAACUUUUAGGUUAGCGAUUGAACUGUGAAAACCUAAUAAUUUUAAGAUUUCAAAAAUUUUAAAUUUUCUAAAUUCUGUUUUUUUUUAUUUGUUGAGACUAUGAAAUAGCCAUAAAUUUUGAAGAAAUCCGAAAACACACUUAUAACUUUUAUAUAGGGUAAUGGUAAGAAAGAUCUUUCCACAAGGACGGAUUAGAGUUUAGUACAACAUUUCGAGAUUACCUUGCUAUGCAGGUUUUAUAUUGAUAUAUGCAAUAUCUGCUUUAGAGUAAUAUAUUUUACAACAAGUGUGAAGUAAGCAAAAUUUUACUAUAAUUUUGAAUUCCACAUAUGUUAUCAUUAAUACUUUUUAAUUCAUUUUUUUCCAUUCAUAUUUGUUUAAGUAGUUUACCUUUUCUAUAUAUCUCCAUAUCUCCUCAUUUCUCUAUAUCUCCAGAUAACUUAAUUCAUGUUUUAGAGCAUGCCUGUGAGCUGGCGCCACGGUAUAAAAGUGAAAACAGGACACAUAUUUGUUUAAAUGGUUUACCUUAUUUACUUCCAGUGACGUAACUGCAUGUUUUCAAUAUGACAUUUCUCAAGUGCGAAAAUGAAUUUUUUCGCACUGAUUAUGGAAUGUAGCUAUUCCUUUUUCAGAAAGUAUACCAGAGUGCAUAUAUUUCAUAAUAUUCGUGUUUCAAUACACAACAGUUGUUGUGUGUACACUCUUGAGAUCUCGUCUGUCGUUUAAUAUCCAAUCUAUAUACAGGCUGUUUUGCAACUUAUCUGUAAAAUUUUAACCACUCAUCGAUCCUUCAUAAAUAAAUAAAUAAAGGUCCAACAGAAAAUGAAAUACGAACAAUACAAUUUAUAAAACCUAUACUUACUAAUGGGGCUAUAAAAUAUAACUCUAAAGGCUGUUUGAAAUUAUCUCUAUUGACUUGAAUGCAAACUUAGAUCACUAAAAUCUAAUGUUAGCCCACUAAUUUAAAUACUCCUAGUUCUGGUUAUUUUAAGAUGCCCGAUGGCCACCAUCAUUAUGAUUCAGUAACGCAAUUCUUUUAUACUAAGUUUGCGAUAUUUUUGCCACAUUUUUAAAUAUACCUAUAAAAAUAGAUCCAGUAAAUUUAGAUCUAAAGACCAUAAAAGCCAACCUGUUGGUUCAUUUCUUUCUAUUAAGGCUAUCAGAUAAAAGUGUCGCCAUCACAGCGAAACUAUUUAGCAUAAGAUCUUCAAGAAGGAUCGCAAAUAAUGCCAAAAAAAAUCCUUAAUACUGGUGACUAUCCAUUUAGUUUGGCAAUAUGGUUAAGCGAAUUAGACCAUCAUUAACAAUUUCUUUUCGCCCACAUGUUUAAAGGAAAACAAUGGAAGGAUUCGCAAAGAGCCCAACGUAUAUACAAGAGGAUAACCAAACAAAAUCGACUCGAUAUUGUUCUUGAUUGACAGUCAGAACACGAGAAUCACACUUGGCAGUAAUUAUUAUUAGUUCCAAAUCUGCCGUUAAUACUAGUUAAAAGGAGCACUAAGAACCUACUAUUCUCUGACAGUUGUCAAUUGACGAUCUGUGAACACAAUUUACUCCCGCAUAUUUUUCUUUUCUUGUUAAGCAGCUUCGUAUCCAACAAGCAGUUUUGCAUCUAUGUCCAAAAUAGAUGCAAAACUGCUUCGUAAGUAUUGUUCUAUCUUUAGGUUCCUAAAUACCCAUUUAAGUUUACCAAAUCGUCCACAAUCUAAUCGUAUUCUUCUGAUUACUUUAGGUGUAUGAUUUUUUUUAGCGGACUUAAAUAUGGGUCCGAUGGAUAUGUAUUCUUCCAACCUCUCCAUAUUAAUGUCAUUUACAUCCACAAUUCUUGUUUCGGGGGUGUUAGUUUUUUAUACACGGCAAUUUUCUUUAAAGGGGUCAGAAAAUACCUAGCCCAACUUUAGUUAGUAGAGAAGAAAAGCUAUUGUUCUUUCAUUAACUUGUGACUCAAGACUUAAAAUUUAGACUUGUUAUUGCAACUUACUGCAUUGAUUUCCGCAGCUAACAUUACAUACGAAGACUUACAUUAACCUAAGUUGGCAUAGCGUGUAUAUAUCAGGUAUUAACUGCCUAUAACUAGAAUCUAUUCUACAAUUAUUUUUGGCCGUCUCUACUAUCCACAGUAUCAAAUGCUGUCUAAUAGUGGAUAAUUGCCAAAACAGACUUAGAUUAAUUGACAGACUGAGGAAAAGGUCUGAUGUAUAUCCUUUCUAAAUUCUAUCUUGCUUGAUAUGCACUCAUUUUAACACUUAGGGUUAAUCCUCAUAAACAGCUUGUAGAAGAGAGAACUAUGGGGCAAUAAUUGUAGAUGCCACUCUUGUUUUUUGUCUAUGUACUGCUACAGUAUCCCACAUUUGCUGUUUUAAAUCCAUUGUAGUUGAACUCUAAUUUCCAUUUGAUGUUUACUAUAAGAAGGUGUUUGCUUUAUAUCACAUGUUCUCUUGGGCACAUUAUAUUUUUAUGUGACAAAUCAACAUAUCAUAUAAUAUUAUAUAUAUGUGGUUAAAAUUUGUCGGGAAAGUUGUGAAACAUUAUGUAUUCUUAAAAUUCGAUUGAUAGGUGUAAUAAAUACAAUAUCUCCGUAAACUGACCUACUUAGAGAUUCCAUUACCAUAUCUUUUACGAAUACCAUUAUCUUUUAUGGCUACACCCUUUACACCUUAACUUAUUAGUAGAUAAAGAAUAUUUUUAAAAUAAUUUUCUUUAAUUUGAUCUAGAAUCUUUUCGAUUUGGCAAUUUUCGUCUGUUUACGUAAAAAUUGAUUGCUUUAUAAUCUUUUCGUCCAGUCUCCUAAUGAUAUUUUAUUUAUCGAAGUUGAUUAAAGAAAACCCAUUAGAUAUUAAAUAUUAAAUCGCCCAUUAAAGGAGUGAUCAGUUCAACUGUUAACUGCGAUGGUUUUUACUUUUAUAUACUAAUUAAACGUAAUUCCAACCAAUGUGUUCAAUUUGACUUUACGUACCUAAACUAUGCGUGGUGUGUAUAACAGAUGAUUCAAUUGUUCGGCUGGUCCGAUUCCUUGUAAAAAAAAACGUAUGUAAUCUGUAAAAAUAACUUAGCACUUCAACGUUAUAUACAUCACAAGUAGAUAAUUUAUUAUACAGUAACUAAAAUUGCUUCAGAUUGAGUUAAUCCGAUAGAAGUUUCGAGACAUCUUGGCGCUGUGGCACCUUUUCCAGAAAUAAUUUAAAACUGGUUAUUUUGAUUUAUCGAAAAUUUUCACAUAAAAGCGUUAGCGUUUUUAGUUAUUGUAUGUGAAAUUUGUAAAUAACCAACUUAUAGUUUUUACUAGAAAACUGGAUAUAAAAGCGUAUAUUUUUUUAAUAUACACACCAAAGACAUAAAUUGUAAGAAUUACAAUAACUCUUUCUGUACUUUAUUAACUUAUCUUAAUUGUUUCCAGCUUUAACUGUUUUUUUGAUUAAUUUUUUUUGUGCAACAUGAAUUUAAUAAAUAAAAGCUUUGGUAAUUUAAAUAUAAAUAUAAUAACUAAUGCACUUAACUUUAUUUUAUUGUUAAAAAUUGGGAUGAAGUUAAAAUGGCAAUGCAUUCUAGCCUUAAUUGACUUCUAAUUUUAUUUUAUACCUUUCUAAAUUGCAAAAUUCCAACCCAUUAAAACGCCAUUUUUUAAUAAUAUUUGUUAUGAACUAUCUUUGAAGUUUAAUUUACUUUUAUCUAGUAAUUAAGGAACGUUUUGGGAUAACUUAUUUUUGACACUUUGGAAAUUGUAACAAAACUAUUUCUGGAACUAGGCUUCAUUAUAAAUACUGUGGUAAGUAAAAAUAAGCUUUUGCCUAGAAGCCAAUAUGGUACAAAUGUGGUAACUUAUAAUUCUUUUUAUUUCGCUUUGUGAAUAGAUUAAAACAUUUUGUAAAUAGUGUAAUUAUAAGAAAAAUAAAUUUUAGUUUCUUC